CUGUCAUUUCAUUUUCAUGAAUUCUGCGUGUCGAUCAGCAAAUUGGGGCUCCGCGAAAACUAGGUCGCGAGUAUUGAUUUUUACCUAAUAUCCGACAAACAAAGGCUUUGCGUUCCCCAGUGAAAAUAAAACCACCCGUAGUCUCGUGGAAGGAGAACGUGCGCCAUGCCAAACGCCGAUCUGCCCGCGCCGACGGUCGAAAAUGUCCGGGUGGUUGUGCGCGUGCGCCCCAUGGACCAGAAGGAGAAGCUCGACGGCGCGUACAACUGCGUGUCAGUCGACCCCGUGCAUAACACCAUAGCGGUCACUCGCAACAACGUGAGCCCCCCGGAGCCCCCGCGCAUAUACGCCUACGAUGCCGUCUUCGACACCAACACGAGCCAGAUGGACAUCUACGUGCAGACGGCGAGUCCCAUCGUGGAGCAAGUGUUGCGAGGAUACAAUGGCACCAUCUUCGCGUAUGGGCAGACGGGCACGGGCAAGACGUACACCAUGGCGGGCGGGAACUCCGCGCCCGAGCUGCGCGGCAUCAUCCCCAACUCCUUCGCGCACAUCUUCAGCCACAUCGCUGACGCCAAGGAUGACGAGAAGUUCCUGGUGUGUGUCACGUAUCUGGAGAUCUACAACGAGGAGGUGCGCGACCUGCUGGGGAACAACCCGCACCAGAGCCUGGAGGUGAAGGAGCGGCCCGACAUCGGCGUCUUCGUUAAGGAUCUCACUGGCUACGUUGUCCACAACGCAGACGAGCUGGAGAAGAUAAUGGCGGUGGGCAACAAGAACAGGCACAUCGGCGCCACCGCCAUGAACAUCGAGAGCUCGCGCUCGCACGCCAUCUUCUCCAUCACCGUGGAGAACAGCAAACGCGGCGCCGACGGCAAGAUGCAUGUGAAGAUGGGGAAACUGCACCUUGUUGACUUGGCGGGCUCCGAGCGGCAGAGCAAGACGCAGGCGACGGGCACGCGGCUGAAGGAGGCGACCAAGAUCAACCAGUCGCUGUCGGUGCUGGGCAACGUCAUCUCCGCGCUGGUGGACGGCAAGUCCACGCACAUCCCGUACAGGAACUCCAAGCUCACGCGCCUGCUGCAGGACUCGCUCGGCGGGAACUCCAAGACUGUCAUGAUAGCGACAGUGGGUCCGGCGGACUCCAACUACGUGGAGACCAUCAGCACUCUGCGCUACGCCAACCGCGCCAAGAACAUCGAGAACAAGACGCACGUCAACAACGAGCCGGGAGACGCGUUGCUCACGAGGUUCCAACAAGAGAUCGACCAACUCAAGAAGCAACUGGAAGAGACUACGAACGAGUUAGAAGAAGAGGAAGAAGAAGAGAUAUCAGAAGAAGAGCUGACGGACGACACGCUGACCGACCCCGAGCUGGACGUACUGGACGCUGACGAGAAGAAGAUACGCCGCAAGAUCAGACGAGAGGAAAAGGAAAAGCUGAACCGCGAAAAAGCUCACCUAGCUCGCAAAGUUCUGGAAGAGAAGAAGGCUGAACUGCAGCGCACCAAGAAGCAGCAAGAGGAGCUCAAGGACAAGCUGCAGCGGCUGGAGUCCAAGGUGCUGGUGGGCGGGGAGAACCUGCUGGACAAGGCGGACAGCCAGCGCCGGCUGCUGGAGCAGGCGGCCAAGGAGCUGGAGCUGAGGAAGCUCAACGAGCUCAGGCUGCAGCAGGACCUGCAGAAGAAGGAGGCCGAACGUCUCGACCUAGAAGAACGAUACUCGAGCUUGCAAGAAGAGAACGCAGCGAAGACGCGCAAGCUCAAACGCGCCGUGCAACUCCUCAACUCCGCCAAAGCGGAGUUGGCUGACCAGCAGCGCGAGCAGCAGCGCGAGAUGGAGGGCAUCCUGGACGGAGUGCGCGCGCUGCGCCGGGAGCUGCAGCUCGCCGACCUGGUGCUGGACGCGUACAUACCCAAGGAGUACCAGGCGCUGAUCGAGCAGUACGUGCACUGGAACGAGCAGCUGGGCGAGUGGCAGGUCAAGUGCGUGGCCUACACCGGCAACAACAUGGCGCCGCGCCUCGCCGUCCACAAGCCGACCAGCCACGUGGAGCCGCCGGACCUGUCGGACCGCUACCUGUCGUACUCGGCGGUGAGUGGCCGUGCCGCCAGCCGCCUCGCGCGCCCGCACACGUCGGCCGUGCCGCGCCCGCACACCGCGCUGCGCCAGCGACAGUAGAGCGCGCCACAGACUAUAGACCACACCAUAGACUUGCUUCGCUACAGACACUUUUUUUUUUCAUGUUGAGUAAGUGCCGAUGGCUCCAUUUGGGACCACUACGGCGUCCGGAGGGGGGGAGGGGGGGGGGCAGAAGCGAUAAGAUACAGGACGGAACGCCUCUCUAAGGGCGUCUGCUGUGAGAAUAACAAACACUACUCAAACGUCACAAACAUAUACUUGGUCAUUUGGUUUUUCCCGGCAUUUAAGUUGAACUAAACAGUUAAUUAAUUAUAAACAAAUUAUAAACACUAGUACAGAGUGCCUAGUGGAAGUUUUCAAUAUUUUCAUACUGUGACUAUCGUAUAAGUCAAUCAGUCAAUUUCUUGCAUUCAGUCAAUUUCUAAGGAAUUGAAACAGUUGUGCAGUAGUGCUACUAGAUGGCGCUCUUUCUAUUCCUUAGAAAUUCGCGUUUACGGUUACGCGAUUGUUGAUCAUACGACUUUUGUCAGAGGAAUAACGUCUAGCGAGGCAGGUCCAAUGGUAAUUGGUCUGUAUGUAUGCCUAGUGGCAGUUUUCAAUGUUUUCAUACUGUGACUAUCGCGUAACCGUAAACACGAUUUUCUAAGGAAUUGAAACAGUUGUGCAGUGCUACUAGAUGGCGCUGUUUCUAUUCCUUAGAAAUUCGCGUUUACGGUUACGCGAUAGUCACAGAAUGAAACAUUGAAACUGCCACGAGGCAUCCUGAGCUAACAUCAGAAAGUGUUGCGCAUGGUUCAACUUACAGGCCGCUUACUAUACCUACUUGUGUUGUUGAUUUUAACAAAAUGUCGCUUCGCGCUCUUAUUUACUCAAUGUGUGUUUGCACGAAUGAUUCCUGUUUUAUAAUUAAUUAAUUUAAACUAUGCUAGUCACAUUCCAGUGAUUUUAUUUAUAAUUCUCAGUAUUAAAGACGCUUAGAAAAGCUAUAUUAUAUUGUGUUUACAUUAUUUUUUUAAAGGAGAUGGUCCAUUUCAGUUCCACUCUUGUACCCCGUAUCAUUAAAAUUUAAAAAAUACAAAGAUUUUAUAAAAAAAUAUUAAGGUGAAUAAAUCUAACUAAAUAAAAAUAAAUAAAUAAAAAAACCCAAGUUUUUGAGUUUUAUCAAGAUGGCGUCCCUAUAGCAACUAUGACAUGACAGUUGACAGCAAACGUCAAAUCGAUUAUUGCAUUGAAAACGUCAUUUAUCCGCCAUUAUUACCCGUAUUAGUGUUUCUUGGGAGAUAAUGAAUAUUAUUUCGAAAGAAUUAAAGUAAAUUUAUAGAUUUGUAUAAUCAAAAAUAGUUAAAAAAUAAUAUUUUUUUUUCAGCUAGGGUAUAAUGACUGAUACUGGGCUCCAUACAAUUUUGGACCAUCUCCUUUACACGACAAUUGUGUUUUUGUGAAUACAAAAUUGUUUUAUUAUGAUUUGUCUGUUUAUUGUGAUAUUUGUUUAUUUACUACAUUUAAUACACUUUUGAUACUAUG